GCUGUGCUAUUAAAUAACUUGAGAACUGCAUUGGUGUUUAUCAAAUAGUGGAUAUUAACUAGUUGUUAAGUUUUAAUUGCAUUUCUUCACAGUCUCAUACUGUAUGAAUGAGUGAUCAAAGAGGAAGAAAUAUUAGAAGACAUAAAUAAGAGACAUGUCUUAGUAACCUGAUAUGCAAUUUGUAUGAUACAGUUAAAGCAGUGCUGAGUUUUUAAUGGCACUAAGUGUGUACAUUAGAAAAGAGAAAAAGUCUCAAAUUAAUAGUCCAUGAUCUCACAAUAAAAGACUAGACAAAGAAGAGCACAAUAAUAUAAGCAAAAGAAAAAGUAGAAAGUGGAAAUUAAUUAAAUUUAAAAAAAUAGAAAAAUCAAUGAGAGAAAAAUCUAGUUGACUGAAAAGAGCAGUAACAUUGUAAAACUUCUAGGAAGAGUGAACAAAAAAAUAAAAGAGCAAGAAGACAGAAAUGACCAAUAUAAAGAAGAAAACAGGUCUAUAAAUACAGAUCCUCAAGACAUCAAAAUGAUAAUAAUGGAAUGGUCUGAAUACCUUUACACAUAUAAACCUGACAACUUAGAUAAAGUGGACUAAUUGUCAGAAAAGCAAAAAUACCACAAUUCACCCAAUAGAAAUAAUUUGAGUAUCCAUAUAUAUGACUUAAAGGAAUUGAUUUGUAAAACUUCCCAAAAAGAUGUCUCUAAGCCCAGAUGGUUUCAUCAGAUAACUCUACCAAACAUUUAAUGAAGAAUAAACACCACUUCUAUACAACCUCUUACAGAAGAUCUGAAGGAACACUUUUCAGCUAAUUUUAUGAGGCCAGAUUUAUCCUGAUAGGAAAACUAGAUAAAGGUAGUAUAAAACUACGGACUGAAGUGCAAAACUACUUAACAAAGUAUUAGCAAAUAGAAUCAAAUAAAUAAAAAGAAUUCUAUGACAUCACCAAGUAAGGUUUAUUCCAAGUAUGCAAGGCUGUUUCAACAUUUCAAAACUAGUCCACAUUAAUGUAGUAAUGAAGAAAAACCAUGUAAUCACAGUAGAUACAUAAAAAGUAAUUGACCCGCCAGUCUGGCUCGGCUUGGCUCUGCGUGCCGUGGCAAGCUCGGCUUCCCUGGAGACCAUGGUGCCCCCAGCCUGCCCGCGCACAGGAGCGUCGCCAGCCACUUCCAAGACACUGUCCUUCUCCAUCGAGCGCAUCAUGGCCAAGACGUUGGAGCCCCGCAGGCCCUUUGAGCCCUGGCAUGGAGCGCCAGAGGCGGAUGGCAGCCAGGGCAAGAAACUGCUCAAACUUUGCUCACUGUAUGAUCUCCCUCCAGCCCCUAGGCUACGAGGUCCCGUCAAAGACACUGCUCAGUUACUCGGAGCUCUGGAAAAGCGGCCUCCGGGCGGGCGGUGGCGGUGGAGAAGGCGGCGGUGGCGGUGGCCGUGGCGGGGUGGGGCCCAGUGUGCGGCGCCAGCGGCUUGUGCAAAACCAACUGUGGCGUGUGCUGCCCGCGGGCAGGGUCAUCAAGCCGCAGGUCAUCAACCAGGCCAUGGGACUGCUGGCCAGCGGCUCGCUCUACUAUUUCAACUACCUGGACUCGACCGCGUACCCACUGUCUGAGCUCCUCAGCAGCGACCUCUUCCUUUCUGGCCUCCUCAAUGUGCAGGCCCCGCCGCCCUGGCUGCUCACCCCAAGCUCUUUCUGCUGGAAAACGCCAAGCUGGCCCGCCUGGCUGCAGACAAGUUCCCCCAUCUGGCUCCCUACCCCCAUAAGGAGCGCUUGCCGGCGCCGCUGGAGCAGGUACUGAAGGAGAACUCAGCCCUGACUGCCGAACGCAGAGGCGUUAAGGGCCACAGCAAGCUGCCAGGGGCUCCACAGACGGCAAGCCCAAAAACUUCACCUGCGAGGUGUGUGGCAAGGUGUUUAAUGCUCACUAUAACCUCACCUGCCACAUGCCGGUCCACACCGGAGCCAGACCGUUCGUGU